AUGGCACAAGCUACGGGCUCUGCGAAGAGCACAACUGCUAGUGCAGCUCCUAGUGCUGUCAUUCGAGAGAUGACCUCUUCAUUCGCUCGAUCAUUGGCAGACGAGAAUCCCUCACUGAUUCGACAAUCGCUUGAUCGCUUACGAACUUAUAUUGGUGAUUCAGUCGAUAGUGAUGAAAAUAUUUCAAAAGCAUUCAAGUACUUGAAAGAUAGAAUUCAUCAUGAGAGAGAAAGCGACGAUGGUGAAUCGCUUGCUUCCUUGAUUACUGCCACAUUGAUCAUUCCGUGUUAUCGUUUCUAUUCGACCAACGAGAAGUUUUCAUUGCAUUUUUUCCAAUUAUUCGAACUGAUAUUAACACAUUCGUCGGUAGUGCGCAAUGAAAACUUUCUCUUCUCAAUUGCCGUAUUUAUUUCGCGUACAAAUGUUUAUCGACCAAACUUAGCUUUAACUCGACUUGAUAAAUGGACCAUCAAAAUGUGGCUUGGAAAACCGGUGAGUCAAAAUCCCGCAACAAACAAAGUACGCUUUGCAUCUGGCAAACCAUUUCCGUUCACUCCCGACUCACCCGUUUGUACUGUUUUAUGCGAUAAUACCAAGUACCCACUUGAUAUCACCAAUCAAUUCGAUGUAUUCAUCGCCAAAGCCAGUGAAAAUCAAAACACUAAUGCGGACGAAUUAUUUACUCUUGAGAACAUUCUCAAUCAAUUAUUUCGCUGUCAAUUCAUUCUUCAAGCAUUUUUAAAUGCAGAUCAAUGCUUAUCGUCGAUGUUAUCGUUUGCCGUUCGCCGUCAACGAAUCGUAGACAUUCGGUUAACAAAUGAAAGCAACGCUCAAGCUCUAACGGAAUUAACGUCAAUCAAAGAUCGAAUGCUGAACAAGUUCAAUUAUUUACCAGGUUCAUGCGAGGGAGAUUUUAAAUUUAUUCAAAGCGAAUGUCGAGUUCAAUGGACUGAUGGUAAAACAUUCAUCUAUUCAACCAAUACCAUCCAUCCGCGACCAUCAUUCUUGUCACCGAUAGCGAAAUUACUUCGCUAUGCGCAUCACCAACAGGAGAACAUCGAAGAUUCAGAAGCAAAAAAGCCUUGGAGUUUAUUAUUACAAACAAUUCAUCAAACAAUUACGUCAUAUUUGGGAGAUGCAACAACGAGUGAUGCUAUCAACGAUUUCUUCGUCUAUUUCCUGACUGACAACGAUGAACAAAUACGAAAUAUGGGUGGCAAACUUCUCACAACAUUCGUCAACGAACUACUCAUGUCAAGCGAUGAAAAUCUCCCUCCAUUAAUAUCCUGUUCAAUCCUAGAGAAGAUUCUCCAAUCAAUGAUAAAUCAUGAGCAAUAUACAAUCAACGAAAGCCUGUUGAGCCAAUGUUUACAGCCAUCCUUAGAAUGGCCCAUCAAUGAUUUAUGCUCGUUACUAACCAUGUUAGCUGUGAAAUCAAUGCAAACAGCAGACCAUUGGAUACAAUAUUUCGUUAAUUUAAUGAAUUUGAACCGAGAACAAUGGGUGUCGUCAUCAAUAAAGACAAAUCCAAGUUUUCUCGAGUUCUGUCGGCAAAUUCCAGCGUCAUUAUUCACACGAUUGUUCGAACCGAUGAUGAGAGACUCAUUUCAUGUUCUCAAAUUCAUAAUUAUCAACUGUAAAAAAGACUGGACUAAGGUUUUACUGGAAAUCAUGGAGACACAAAUGAAAGACAAUCGCCUACAAGAAAAUCUUCAUGAAUUGCUGAAAGAUGCUCGUUUACACGCAUUUAGUAACUGGAAAGUCUCGUCAACUUUCGAUCUUUUACUUUCAUUAAUCAAACUAACCACAGACAAAUACCCAUUAUUGCUCUUCGAACUUCUCCUUCUCUUGGAGAAAGUCUACGAUGAACACUUAAGUCCGAGAAACUUGAAUAUUCCUACAACAAUUCAACCGAUGGUUAAUAUUCUUCAUUUAAUAUUUUCCAAUGAGAGUUUUCUUUGCAACUCUACAACUCGUCGCGGUAUUUUAUUAUCAACCACGUCGAUUCUUCUUCAUCUAAUCGAUCACAUGAAUCUGCAAGCAUUCAUCAUGAAUCCAGAUGAAAUGAAACAACUCAUUCAAUCAACAAUAGUGUGCUCGAUCAAUUACAAACAAACGUUACGUUUGUUCAAUUAUGUCCUUCGAUCCAAACAACAAAUUUUGAUCAAAGAUUGGUUCGAACAACUACUAACCUUAGCAUUAUCAACAAAUGAUAAUCUCUCAGACGAUGAACAACCAUCAACGGUUCACUUCAACCCAUCGACAAUAACCGAACUGAUCGGUAUGUACACUUAUGAAAUGAUUGAACUAUUACAUGAGAAACUCGAUCAUACAAGAAAUUUGAUUUGCUUAACUACAUUCAAUUUUCUGUCGACUUUUAUUCAACAAUGUUUACCAACGUGUAUUCAAUGUUUGCUACAUAGAAAUGCUCGUAUACGUAUAUCGAUUGCACGAUUGGUAGGUCGAGCGCUGAAUAUGCAAUCGAGCGAUCUUAUCAAACUUCUGCAAAGUUUGCAAGAUUCAACUGAUGAACAAAUUGACUUAACACCGGACACGUCAUUAAACGUAAUGAGUGAUCAACAGCAAGCGGUUGCGCAUAUACAUACGACGCCAGUGUAUCUUCUCGAGCGUGAAAAGAAACGUUCGAAGUCUCAAAUACCUUUCCGUACAAUUAAACAGUCAGAUUUUGGUUUAUUAUCAAAACAUUUGAAAGCGUUAACACAUGUCGAGGAUGCAUCAAACACUAACGCAGCAGAUUUCGAUGCGAUUAAAAGUUCGAUUAGCGAAUGUUCAGAAGAAUUCCGUCACCUUAUACCAAGCCGUCGUCAGUUACCGUCGUUAGUGCAAACCAGUACAAUGCGAAAUAAUCGGCAACGCAUUGUCGAAUGUAUACGAACACCUAUUCAUUUGUUAUUACAAGGCGAAACUGGGGUUGGAAAAAGUAGUUUGAUACUCGACGUGGCUGCUGAUCUUCGAAAACCAUUAGUUCGUUUUAAUCUUUCGUCGAAGACUGAUAUCGGCGCAUUAUUCGGGUCGGUCAAAAUGAAAACAGUUAAGAGUGGGGAUGGCCAACAUCAGGAAAUUGAAUUAGAAUAUGAAGAAGGUCCAUUUACGACGGCAUAUCGUCACGGGCACUGGCUUCUAUUGGAUGAAAUGAAUCUAGCACCACCGAAUGUUCUUCAAGCAAUUGAACAAGCGCUAGAAUCCGGUGUUCUGACAAUUCCGAAUAUUGAAGACGAGAAUGAUGUCAAAGAUCAACCAAAUCAAGUGAAACAGAACUGUCGUGUCUAUCGAAUACAUUCAGAUUUUCGUCUUUUCGCAACACAAAAUCCAUCCGCAGGCAAAUAUAAAGAUGCGCGUGAUACACAAUCAACCGCUCUGUUAAACCGCUUUAGUAUUUUCAUCGUCGAAGGUCCAAAGGAGAACGAGUUAGGUGAUAUUGUCACAAAUAAAUUAAAAACCGAGAACUUUCCUUUUGUAACUCAAGCAGCACAAAUGGUUGGAUUGCAUUUGAAAAUCAUGGCGACAAUAAAAGAAUCUAAUUUCAAAGAACGAAAUAGGAACUACUCCGAAAUAACUAUUCGUGAACUUUUCCGUUGGUGUCAAAGUUUAUGUGACUAUGAAAAAAUGUUAAUGAAAUCUUCCCAAACCAUUAGCAAGCUUCCUUCAAGCACGUUCAAUGCCAUUCUAACUGAACAAGCAUAUGCCAUUUAUGGUUUACGAUUUCGUGAAGCACAAAGUCGAGAAGAAAUAGCGCAAAUGAUUGAGAACUUUUUUCAUGUCAAUCCAAUACCAUCAUCAAAAUUGUCGAUUGAACAUCGUCCAAACAAUAACACGGUUGCAUUUCUGUCCCAACAACGUUUACUAUUACAAAUGCCAACGGUUUAUCUCGAACGUAUCGAUCAAGACUGGCCAUCAAAUCUGAACCGAUUGAGUAAUUCAGAACUUACAAAAAUGAUCAAAAUUCAUAAUUAUGCGUUUCAAUACUUUCAUCAUGAACAUCUAUUGCAAAUUUAUGAUUGUUCUUACACAUUAUUCUGGUCAAUGGUAGAACGGCGAUCUCGCGAAAGUUCGACUCUAGUAGCCAUCGUUGUUGAAACUUAUACAAGUUUAUGUCGAAAUGAAAAGCAACGAAAAGAAAUCGUCAAGUAUAUUUCAACAGAGUUCGGCGAACCGGAAAGCUCACUCGCAGAAUACCAAUCAUCACUAUCGUCGGCUCAAUCAUCAUUUUACCUUGACGAAGAAGCCCAUCGUAUUGCACAAUUUAUUCUAGCUGCAUCGCCCUCACAACCCAUUCUCAUCGUUGGCCCCGAAGGUUGUGGCAAAAGUCAUCUCGUACAAUCAAUCGCUACACUAACAAAUGUUCGUUGUCAACACUUAUACCUAACGCCCCAGACUGAGCCUGCAGCUCUUGUCGGCUCUCUUGUACCACAUCCCAAACUACCAAGUUGGCACGAUGGUGCCGUAAGCGAAGCUGUCAGUAAAGGGCAUUGGCUGGUUCUUGAAAAUUUUUCCGAAGCGUCGUCUGCUGUUCUCGAGCGCUUAAAUCCUGUUUUAGAACAGCCAGCUCAGUGGGUUAAAGUCGAAAACAAUGAAACACAACCUGUCGCGGUUCAUCCGAAUUUUCGCAUCAUCGCAACGAUGUCGCCGCCAACUGGUCGCUUACAAAAUGCUUCAAUUGAAACCAAUCACGAACUUUCACCAGCUCUAUACAAUCGUUUUUUGAUUAUUUUUUAUCAAGGCUUGAACUUAUCGUCGCCGGACGUUUAUAGAAACUUGUUCACAGCAUACUUUCCAACUAAUGAAAUACAAUUGAUUGAUACGCUUUGUGAGAAACUUCGUUCGGAGCAAUUAACCCCGCGACAAUUGGUUCAGUUUAUUGACUGUGCGUUCAAAUUACAACAUUCAAGAGUUGUCACCGAACGCAAAAUCGAUUUACCCUCGGUUUUACUCUCCGCUUACGAACUUGUCUUCAGUAGUGAUUCCAACAAACCAUUAGCAUCACCGGUUAAACUAUACCUAGAAAAAGAAGCCCGACAUGGUUCGAUUAAUUUCUUCAAUUUAUCUGUUUCUGAAAAAGCACGUAAAGAACAUCGCGAACAUAUUAUUGAUCCUGACAAAACACCAACACGGUACGACGCUGCAAAACGCCUAUGCGCAUCGGUGAUUUGUUCACGUCCAGUCCUUCUCGAAGGUCCGGCUGCCACGGGAAAAACCAGUUUAGUCGAAUACUUAGCACACUGUGACAAAAAAAAACUCUACCGAGUUAACAAUACUAAAGGUACGACUAUCCAAGACUAUUUUGGUUCGUAUAUGCCGAAUGGCGAAUUUUUGAAUGGCGCGCUAUCUAGUGCAAUGCUUCGUGGUGAUUGGUUUGUUGCCGAUGAGUUUGAUUUAGCUGAGCCAGCUGUCAUGAAUGUUUUGUAUCCGAUUUUAGAAGGACAAAAAUGUCUCACUGUACCAAACACUGGCCAGACUCUAAUUGCGCGAGAUGGAUUUCGGUUCUUUGCAACACAAAACGGUACAAGUUAUGUCGGACGAAAACAGUUACCAAAAACAUUACGUUCAAGAUUCUUAGAAAUACAAUUUCACUCUUUUACAGAAAACGAAUUGCAAUUCAUUAUUGUUCAACGUAAAUCAACGUCCACUGUUUCGAAAUCAUCGACAGCAUUCGAUGAAGAUUUGAAAAAAGUCGCGCCGCAGAUAGCAUCAAUGGUUAAAAAUCUCAAUCAACAAAUCGACGAAAAGCAACUGCCGAUCCUAGGCGCACCGAAACUCGGUCUAACAAUGCGUGAAGUUAUCAAAUGGAUUAAUCGAAAACAACGAAAGGUCGAUGUCGAUUGGGAUGAGCACGCACUAAGAUUAUUAGAAUCACGUGUACCGAGAAAACAUAGUACUGCAUUUAUCACGUGUCUUCAAAUUUCAUUUCCACAUUUGAUAGAUUCACCAUCUCAGGUGAAAAUCGAGGGAAAUAAAAUCUCGCUCAAUCGACCAUCUCGUCUACCAAUAUCGUACACUUUUACAGAUUUCGAUGCAGCUAUUCAUUUACAAUUGGCAUCAGCAUCGCAAAAUUUGUUACUGGCACUUUGGCGUGUGUUCGCUGCUGCUGAACAGCAUGAACCAGUUCUUCUACUAGGGCCAACUUGUUAUAAAUCUGAACUAAUCAAAAUCUGGUCGAAAUUGAUGGCAAAGGAGUCCGAAGUUUGUGUUAUAAACUGCUCAACAUCAACUGAAACAAAUGAUCUGAUCGGAUCGAUCAGACCUUAUACACAUGCCGAUGCAUUGAGUUUAUUAUUGAACUGUUUAAAUCAACUGUAUGAACGUGCGAAAAAGAAUCUCGCAAGUGCUUCUCCAGCAGACAUUGAAAGUUUUUCUCAAUUUCGUACAAAUUGUGAUGAACUUGCAACUGACGUCGAUAAAUUUAUCAGUGAAACCAAAAAACAGUCAGGAAAAAGAGCCGUUCGACAACGUCCGACAACAAAGCUUACCGAACAACCCCCUGGACCAGCCGUGGAAUCUGAAGAUACUGAAAUUGAUUGCGAACCAGAUGAAUUGAAUAAUUAUACACCUCUACCAACAUCUAGUUUACCCCCCAGGUCAAUAGCAACAGCAGAACAAUUGAGUAGCACAAAGAAUCGUCCCUCUAGUGACGACGAUGACGACGGUCAAUAUUUCGAAAAAGUUUAUCGUACAAAAGAAGUCGUUGAUAUGAUGACUAAUGAUGAAGAUGAAGAUGAUCCAUUUGCAAUGCCGUACAACACUGAAGAUGAAGAAGAAGACGAAAUUGAUCCUUUCAGCACUGCUUCCGCAAACGCUCCGAAGGAAUCAGACGACAAAGAAGAAGCGAUUGAUCCUUUCAGCACUGCCCCUGCACACGUCCCUGUAAAAUUAGACGCAGAAGAGGAAGAAGACGACCCAUUCAGCACACAACAAUCAUCACAACUAUCAGCUGAAUUAAACAUUUUAGACUUUUUCAAUGCAGUACAGUUCGAUGAUCAACCAACAAUGCACUCUUCGACUUCUUCAUCACGAACGAAUGGUAAUCCUAUUGCUGAAGCGUAUCAAUCUAUAAAAAACCGAUUGGAGAUAAUAGCCUCCAGUCUCAACGGUAUAUGCAGCAUUGGAUCAAACGAAAGUGGCAUUUUGUUAAUCAAAGUUCGUUGUGAAAGUAUAAUUAGCGAAGUUGAACGUGCAAUUCAGCAAGGCAAAUCGAAUAUCUUCUUAUUUCAAGAUGGUCCUGUUACAAGUGCUGUCAAAGAGGGUAAAGUCUUAGUUUUAGAGGAUAUUAACGAACCAUCCCAAGCUGUCAUCGAACGGCUGAAUAGUUUAUUCGAAACUGAACCGUCAUUUAUUCUCUAUGAGGAUUUUACUGCCCAAGGAUCGAAAAUAACUGCAAUCGAUCCGNGUCGAUGUUAUCGUUUGCCGUUCGCCGUCAACGAAUCGUAG